CUCCAAGCCAAAUUCGAAGCACUGAAGAAGAAUCACGCCGAAGAGAAAAAGAAGUUGGAGGAUAAAAAACGUAUCCUUGAAGAGGAAAUGGCCGCGUUUGAGCGUCGCAAGCUUCUAGCCGAACAAGCUAAACAAGGCAAUUUCACCAUGAAGAAAAAGAAGUAG